CUGCCACCAGUGUUACUAUGGUAAAUCUGCAGCUCUCCGUUGUGUGGUUAUUGAUAAAGGAAGGAUAUGCAGACAAACUGCUUUGAUCUUUAGUCUCCUCUGAAAUACAGAAGUUAACCAACUUUGAUACUCUCUCUCUUCUUGCUCAGUGUGUAUGAAAGAACUGUGGAAGCAUUUUUUAUAAAUAAUUUAUGCUAUGCCAAUGAGAAACUCCUUACCAGUGAAGUUAUUACUAUCACCUGUUGAGAAGCACCCCCUUCUGACUGUCAGUUUGUUCUUCUAUCUUUAGUAAUGGCUUUACAGUUAAAGAAAGUUACCCAACAAAAUACCAAAGCUAGCUACAGCCUCUUCCUGAAAGAGUUUAAUUUAUUAACAAGAGGCAGCACUGCAGACUCAUAACACCUGCCGUGCCAAUUAUCUCAGAAAGAGUUGCAGAGCCGGUUUCCCUUACUUUGUGGCGACUGAAAGAAAAAAAAAUAGGAAGUCUUCAAGAACAAGUACUUGCUGAAACUUGCUCAAGUUUGACAGAGAGAGUUUUGUUUGUUGUAAUGACUAGAGUCGCUUGAUGAGGGAUUGUGGCUGUAAGGAAAAGUGAACUCUGAUUAGACGCUGUGUGUAUACAUAAGAAAAGGAGCAGAGUGGUUCUCCAGAGACUGGACUAAUGACUGAACAACAAGAACACGCUCAUCACGCUCCUCAUUACAAGCAUAGCCAGCUAGCUGUUCCUCUGGAAGAUGUGAAACCUGUAAGAACUGCAUCGAGCAGGAAAGAAAACAAAGUCAUUACAUUCAUUUCAGAUAUUGAAAAUGGAUUGGAGGAAAAGCAAAGAAAACCUACAAAGCAGUUCAGUGCUCAGCUGUUGUCUCUAAAUAUUGAUCAAGAAUUCUUUGAUGGCAGACGAGUGUCCCCAAUUACAAGGUCAAAGACAUUCGAUUCCUCAUUCUCUCCAGCUGAUGAUUUUGAAGUAAAGCUAGAAAGAAAGAAAUCUUCCACAAGCCAGUAUUCCAAAGCAAAUGCACAGUUCCAUAAACUGUUCCAUGAAGUAGCAGCAGAGGAACUUCUAAAACAAAGUUUUACAUUUGUACCUAACAAACCUGCCAACUUGGCACAUACUUUAAUAGAUCUUAAACAAUAUGUGAGAAAACUUAACUUGAACAUUAUGUUUCAAAAUGUUGAACAGAUUCGAGACCUACUUAGAAUUUCAAGCACGUACAACCCACCUAUCCAUCCAUUGCUAGCUAUGUUUGAAAAGACCGUAGAGAUGCUGCCACCUUGCUGCCCAUUUUACAGAAACAUGUUGCCAGGCACUGUUAUUGUUUCUGAUGAGUGGGCAGCAUACAAGAGAAUAGAAGCCAUACCAGGUAUGCAUUACAAGCACCUGUGUGUAAAUCAUUCACAAAACUUUGUGAAUCCUAUGAUGGGUGCACACACUAAUGCUGUGGAGGGCAUGUGGGCAAACUGCAAGCGACACUUUAAGGGCAUGAAUGGCACCCGUCCACACGUGGUACCUAGCUACCUGGACGAGUUUAUGUGGAGGAGCAGAUAUGGCAAUGACUUUGAUACUUUAUUUGUUAACUUACUGAAUCACAUACAUGAAUUCCAAGAAGCUGUUCUUAGUAAAGCUUCUGCCAAUGACACUGAGGAAGAGUCAGCUGUGCCACCAGCACCAAAAAGAGAAUCGCAUUCCGACUCUGAUAAGAGAACUAUAAUGCUACAUAGUAAAAAUCCUGAUGACAUUUGUUUUCACGGUUUUGUUUCUUUGCUGAUUAUGAAAGACACUAAGAUUUUAAUACCUGUUACAUCAGUAAUAUUGAUAAAGAAAACAAAAGCUGCUCUGCUGGUGCCAAAUGCUGUCGUCAUCGCAACAGAGACAGAAAAGUACUUGUUUGUAUCUCUGCUGUCUCGAGAUGGAACAUAUAAGUUACUGAAAUCAGUCUGUUCACAUUUAGAUGCUAAAAGUUUGGGAACCAGUCCAAAUCCUCCUUCACUUGAAAGCAGCUUUGGUCCUGAACGUCCUACCUCUUUACCACUGGACACUGUUGACUUCUUAAAUUUGGAUGGUGUGGUUAGACAUCGCAGGCAACAAAUGGAAGAAAGUAGCAGCUCUGGUUCUCGGACUCCUGAAUCAGAAAAUUACCAAGAGCCUCACAAUGAUGAAAGGCACUUCCUGAAAUCUACCAAAAAUGAACAAAUCACUGCCUCUGCAGAUAUUCAUAUCAAGCAAAGUCCUGAGAGGAGGAGCACUCUUGGAAAUGAUGGAUAUCUCAAGACACAAACUGGACUGUUACACAAAGUGAAAUCUUCACACUUGCUCUCUGUAAAUGGUCUCCUUCUGUUCUAUGCUUUUCUAGUCUGUGCACUUAUCUUCUCUACAUUCUACAUGGGCAUUAAAAUUUUGGCACUGGAACAGCGGCUGACAUCCAUGAGCUCUUUAGCAGACUUCCACUCUAGCACAGAGUAA